AUGAGUGACGAGAACGAGAAACCGUCGAAAGUGAACGGCAAUCGCAACUCUGAUCAUAUGACUCAAGUGUCAAAUCUGGGGCUGCCUGCUCUGGUAUCGCCUUCGAAACCGGAGGUCGUGCAAUCCCAACCACAAUUUCGACAAAGUCUUGAACUGCUUCGCCAUCUGAUUUUGCAGAACACCAUGUCGGAGCAGGAGUCAUUCGAUGGCUAUAGUGAGUACCAGGAAGAUCCGAUUUUAAACAAUCACGGUUCUAUUCUCGAUGAACUACCCGAUGAUGGUAAUCUUGAGCUGGUGCUUGAGAAUAGCGAGGAAAGCAUAGGGGAAGAACAAAACGAAGCGCUACAUACCAAAACUUAUUCCCAAAAUAUUUCUGAGAACGAUGCAUCCAGCCUAAGCCGGCACAAUGAUACUCUGAGCUCCUUAGGCAUCGCCGCAUCAGAUCUUGCACUUUCUAAUCAUCCAAAUCUGCUGACACGCCCGUCCGUACAAGGAGAAAUGAAUGACACGAUUAAACAAAAGCUUCUGCCUGAGCACAAAACUCACGAUCGACUGCUUUCACCGAGUCUGUCUACGCGCAGUCGCCAUGCAUCCAUAAUCAGUAAUUCCCUGGCAGGCCUGGGACCAAAAAUGAUGCAGCCUAAGUGGCGACACCUGGAAGAUUCUGUUUCUCGUGGCCGAUUUAUUAAUCUGCUCGAUGAGAUUAACCUUCAGCCAAAUACAUUACACGCACGAUCCGAUUCUAUCGGUUUGUGCAAGGUGACGCAGUCGCCUAUUCAGCCGCUCCAAACAGAUACCCCUCAUGGUGAGUCGAGCAGCCGCUCUAGCAACAAUGGGUUGAGAACUUCUCGCAAUCAUGCCUCGCCAUGGAAUCGCAUACGUAAUCAAAACGAAGACAACCGGAAGAAGGGAAAGCUCUUUACCACAAAGAAUUACCUGAUACCCUCAACUAUUACUGAAGUUUCAUCUAAUCAGGUCGAACAGUUGAACAAGGAAGUGAUGAGCUACAAGAUUCAACUUAUGGUUUGCAAAACUUUCACUCAUAAAUUGAUUGAGAAAUGCCAAGCACAUGGAAUUGACACAGAGAAUGAUGAAUACUUUACUCAGCCAAAGAGUGAUGUUCCCCAAAAAGCAGAUUCGGAAAGAGACAAUCUUGAGGUGAAAUAUCAGGUUCUCCAAAAGAAUUACGAUGAGGUCUUCAAAUUGAAUGAAGAUUUGUACGAAAGUAUCGAGAUCUUUGAAGAUCAAAUCAAGACAAUGCAACCAAUUUUGACAAUAAGUACACAGGUUGUUCAUGAUAUAUUGCAUACCAUUAUACAAGAUCCCAACACCGAUUUGGAGUUGCGUAAUGACCUUGUGAAGUGCGUUGAGGAUGCGUCCAUUUCUCUUGAACAGAAAUUGAAAAGAAUACAAACUGAGAUCAAGAGGAUUCUUGAAGACGACAGAUUUGAAGACUUAAAAGCAGAAGAGAAAGAGAAUCAGGUUCGCGUUACCGAAAGGUUAAUGAAAAGCAUUAGAAGUCUUCAAGAGGAAAUCAACUCACACAAAAUUGAACGUGGGUUGAUCGAGAAAGAGCUUCUUAAAGAAGUGGAAGAACUGAAACUCAUAAAGCAAAAUUUCAAAGCAAUCCUGCAGAAGUUUUCUAUUUUGUGUCAAUCCCUAAAUUCGAACUCCAUUUAUGAUAAGGAUGCUAUACUGAUGCUGGAGCUGGAUGAUGAUCUCGUGAUCUCAGAAAAGUUGGACUUAUACAAGAAAGACAUCAAUAAAGUUCGGAAAGAGAAUGGAUUAAUUUCAAACCCCAGCCGAUACACACAGAGUGCCGAUAACGAUUACAGUUUUGAGAAUCGCAAUCAGUACGAGCGAAUUAUCGAUGAGCUUAACAAAGAGCUUGAGUCUGCAAAGAAAUCUUGCACAUCUCAAGUGGCUGAAGUGGAACACCUUAAGGCUCUACUUCGUCAACAACAAGACGAACUGUCAACCACGAUUCAAUCCCUCACUACUCAGCUUCGCCAGAGCCAGCACGAUGUUGCCCAAAUGCGACUCAGAAUGAAGAGUUUUGAACAAACAAAAUCCGAACUUGCAAUUGCCAAACAGAAAGAGAGAAAUAUGAGCACGGACAAUGCUCGCCUCAAAGCAAAGUUGAGUGAGCAUGCAACAGACAAGGAACGAUUGCAAAGAAUGGUGGACGACUUGAAUGAAAGAAUCCAAAAUGAGUUUAUUUCUCAUGGAUCAUCUCGAGGCGACGAAAUGCCACGUAAAUUUGAGGCAUUGGUACACCAAGAUAUGCAUAUGUUCAGCAAAUUAUGGAAGCUGUUCGACUGUAUUGCUGACGACGAGCUGUUUAAAGAGCCCACGAGACAACUCAACGCUUUUCGUGCACUCGUCAAAAAGGAUCAAGUAAACAGUAUGGAUGUGUUGCAAUUUCAUCACUAUAUAUCCGAGUAUUUCAGUCGUGCUGUUGACAUUCUCGUGAAGGAUCACGUUAAGUUACUCUUAGAAGACCACCAGAAGGAGUUUGAGGAACAAACUGCUCAAUUGCAUAAGCGUAUCAACGAGUUGGAAUUGCAGAAUGACAAACUUUCAGGUCGAUAUGGUGACGACGGUUCGCAGACUGAUCGAGAUUAUAACCUGAUUAUGAACGGGGAGCUCCGGAAGAAAUUCCACCGUGAAAGGGAGCAGAGAAUCUUUGAAAAUGAUCAAGCCUCAAAAAGAGUGAAAGACCUUGAAGAUGAAAACGCUGAAUUGCGUAAUGCGCUACGAGCAGCACAGAAAAGCUAA